GCCCCCGCAGCGGCCCCUCUUCGGCCGCCACCGCCGGCGCAGCCCGCGGCAGAGCUGCAGCGCAGCGGGGCCGGCCUGGCGCAGGCCGCGGGGACAGGCGGGCGGUAGGCAGCCGCGGUGGGGUCCUGGCGGAGCGGCGGCGCCCGGUCGGGGCGCGCAGGCGGCGGGUGGGGGGCGUCCCCCGGCGGCCUCACCCUUUGCUCCAACGGGCGCGGCGCGGACGGCCCCGGGAUGGCGGCGUGAGACCGAGGCAGCGCGCCAACAGCCUGCCUGUUGGAGGAGUUACUGGAGACCAUUCUGGAGCCCAUCUGACUGCUGCUGCCACAGGGCCCCAGCCAGCCAGCCACCAUGUACUGCCUUCAGUGGCUGCUACCUGUCCUGCUCAUACCCAAGCCCCUCAACCCAGCAUUGUGGUUCAGUCACUCAAUGUUCAUGGGCUUCUACUUGCUGAGCUUCCUCCUGGAACGUAAACCUUGCACAAUUUGUGCCUUGGUCUUCCUGGCAGCUCUAUGCCUCAUCUGCUACAGCUGCUGGGGGAACUGCUUCUUGUAUCACUGCACAGGAUCCCAGCUGCCGGAAUCAGCUCACGAUCCCAGCAUAGUGGGCACCUAAAAGACAAUAACCUUCCAGUCUGCUGAGGGCUUGUUUUGCUUUUGAAAAGGGGGUGGGCUAGGGAGGAGGGAGGGGUGGUAGGCAUGUGACUGGAGUAAAACCAGCCUGUUUCCUGUAACUCUGUGUGGACUAGAGUGGUCAAUUCCCCCCACUCUGCCUGUGAAAUUCGACUUGUUUACUGUGUGAACUCUGGCAGCAGCACCUGCUUUUUUAGAAGCACAUUUUUUUCCCUUCCCGUAUCACCGGGAACGGACAGCAGCCCUCCAGACGAGAGCUGGUGGAGGACUGAGCUGCUGGCCUCUGCCCAGCCAUCUGCCACGUGGCAGCGGAGCUGUGUCUUGCUCCCCUGCCUGCUUUAGGCCACUGUGGUCUAACUCAGGGCUCUCAGCCCACCCAUUCUGCCCGAGUAGCUACAAGAUUCUCUCCACCUUUCUCUUUGCGGGGAGCCAGCCUUCCUGCCUUGCUGAUCAAGGGCAAGCUCAACAGCUCACAGAUGCACUUGGCCAAAAGCUACUGGAGCCAGAGGCAGUUGAGUCAUCUCCUCCUGCUCAUCCUGCCAAAGAGAUGUGUGCACUGCUGAAGUGCUUUCUGAAGUACUGCUCCAAGAUCAUAGCCUGAAAGCCUCAGUUAUGCUGCUGCUUUUAUAAAGCCUCACAGGCAGUGGAGACUUGUCUCUUCCUCUCCUCCUAGAUUCCCAGGGUUUACCAAGGUGUUGACUGUUGGGUUAAAGAGCAGGUAUGCUGCAGUUUGUGGGAUUCUGAAAGCCACUCUGAACCUCACCUGGAACACUCACACUAGUCCAAAAAUCUAGGGAUAGACAGGGUAGAAGAGGAUCCCAAGGUGGAGACAUGAAUUGAAGCAGUGAAUGCUUCACUCAUUUAUAAAGAGAGUGGUUUUGGGCCAGAGGUGACAGAAGGUGCUGGUGCUACUGAAUGGAGAAGGGAGGAAGCUGGAGAUGUCUCCAUCUCCCCUGGCAUGAGGAUUCAAGGAGCCAAGGGGGGGUGGGGGGCAGUCCCACAGCCACAGCUGUGCAGAACUUCAGGCUGCAGACAUGGCUCUUGAGUAGCCCAGCCUGGGGCAGAGACUGGUUUGUGUGGAACCUUAGAGAUUAACAAAAAAUGCUCCGAACUUCCAAGGGUUCCCUCCCCUUUGCCAUCCAUUUGUCUGUACUUCAGUUUGGUGGUGGAGAACAGCAGAAGUGGCUGUUGCUGUCCCAAGGAAGUUGAAGCAAUGAGAUUGUGAAACUUGCAGAGUAUUGUUUGUUCAUUGCACAGCCGUUUAAAACGUUUAAUAAAGCUUUAUAAACUUUG